CCUUCUCUCUCCAUCUCUUUGUGUUUCGUUGGUGUUAAAUCUCUUCCAGAUGUUUAAAGUCCCACAGACAGAGACAGAGACGGAGCUAAACCAGGAUGAGGGUCCUCUCUUCACUGCUUUUCUGUGGAGUGUUCCUGGGGUCUGCUCUGGCUCAGUCGGACCAGGACACGCCCCCAGAGGAGGAGGAGCAUGUAGAGCUGUUCACCACACCUACCACCAAAAUGGCCGCCGCCGCCUCGGACUUCGGCUUCAACCUUUUCAGAUCUCUGUGCGCUCAAGAGACCGGCAACGUGUUCCUGUCUCCUCUGAGCGUGUCUGUGGUCCUGAGCCAACUGUCCAUGGGCGGGUCUGCGUACUCUCAGAGGGACCUGACCCGGGCUCUUCGGUACCACACGCUUCAGGACCCGGCUCUCCAUUCCACCCUGAGGUCCCUCCUGAGCUCCAGCACCGCCACAGGGAAGGGACUGAGUACUGCAGCCAGACUGUACCUCAGCCGACGUCUGCGUCUGAAGCAGGAGUUCUUCUCACUGGUGGAACAAACCUAUGGAACCAGACCCAAGGCUCUUCAGGGAGGAAACAAGGACCAGAAGGACAUCAACGAUUGGGUCUCUCAGCAAACGUCACGGAAGGUUCAGAACAUCCUGAGCCAAGCUCUGCCCCGAAACCCCGGGGUCACUGCAGUCACUGCGGCCUAUUUCAAAGGAAAGUGGGUGACCCGUUUUGGGAACUCUGGUUCUAUGGGCCAGUUCCAGGUUGAUGCUUCUACUUCGGUCCAAGUUCCCAUGAUGCAACAGGACAACUACCCGAUAAAGAUGGGCAUCGACUCAGACCUGAGCUGCACGAUCGCAGAGCUCCCCCUGCAGGAUGGGGUCAGCCUCUUCCUCUUCUUGCCAGACACUGUGACCUCUAACCUCACGGCGAUCGAGGAUACGCUGACGGCCGAGUUCGUCCAGGACCUGUCCACGGCGCUGCUGCCCGCCCAUGUCUCAAUGAGCAUGCCCAGUCUAAGGGGAGCCUACAGCAAAGACCUGCUGCCGCUGUUCUCCAGCCUCGGCCUCUCUGAUUGGCUGGCGGACACAGGUUUGGACCAGAUUUCGGCACAGCCCGUCAAACUGAACUCUGUGUUUCAUAAAGUGGUUUUAGACUCCGCCCCCGAAGGUCUCCAGUAUGCUCCUGACCCCGCCCACGCCUCCGCACUGACCUAUCACGUCAACCGGCCCUUCAUCUUCCUCCUCCGAGACCAAUCAACUGGAGCACUGCUGUUCACCGGGCGGGUCACCAACCCCAAACUGCUCUAGUUCUGAACCAGGUCUAAACCAGGACUGAACAAGGACUAAACCAGGACUAAACCAAGACUACACCAGGUUUAAAGCAGAAAUGAACCAGGAUUAAACUAGAACUGAACCCGGACUGAACCAGGACUAAACUAGAACUAAACCAGGACUAAACCAGAACUAAACCAAGACUAAAGCAGGACUGAACUGGGACUAAACUGGGACUGAAUCGACACCAGAUGCUUCACAAUGACAAUGACUAGACUGAGACAAAAUCCUUUUGUGUUUAUUUCACAGAAAAAUGCUAAAGGUUCAGAUUUCAAUAAAAGUCAAAAUGG